AUGGAGGGGCCUGCCGGAUCCAGCGAAGCGAAAGAAGACAUCGAUUGUGAGGAAGAAGGUGAGAAGCUGGACUCUGAGCUCCACCGGCUUAGGCAAGAGAACAUAAGGCUUGGCGGAGAGAUAGUAAUACUGCGGCAAAACAUGAUUGCACUAGAGAAGGAGAACUUCGCAAUGAAGGAGCAGAGGAGCAGGGCAGCACUUGAUGGCCUGAAGAGGAUGGAGAAACUAAAGAAGGAGGUUGAUGUCCUCAAGGUCGAAAGCCGAAUAAGAGAGAACCAAUCAAGGGUGCUGAAGAGGCAAAAGACCACCACAGAGAUUGACGUCAAGUGGGCCCUUGCAAGAUCAAGCUGUGGAAUAAGCUUUUCUCUCCUUCCGUUUGAGUUCAACAGGCUCAAGUUUUUGAAAUCGUUCUUCUACUCCGACUUCUGUCAGCUGGAGUCCUCGUCGGUGAUCAGAGAGAUGAAAAAGAAGAUCUCGAGGUUCAAGGAGUUUCUGGACUUCUACAUGCUGUUCAGCUGUAAGGUAGAUGUCUUCAGGGAGUUCUUCUGUCUGGUUCUCAUGAACCCGCUGUUUCCAGAAGAAAAGAUGAAGCUAUUCAAUACACUUCCACUAGACUGGAUACUCAACUUCAGUGACGAACAGUUUAUUUCUCUUGUCAAGGAAUAUAUAGAUAGGAACUAUAGGCUGAUGGGGCUUUUUCUGCUGAGGGUGGCCGAGGAGAGACCGUUUCUUCUGAACAUUCUCAUCACCAAGGAGAUGUUCACAGAGUUGGCCAGAAUGGACACAAGGGUUGGAUGCAGGCUUAUAUCCGAGGUGUGCAGGAAGGGAGGCCUGUCUCUCAUUGACCAUACAAACAUCCACUACAUUCCUCAAGAAGAUCUGAAGGUUUUGUACAAAGACCUAUACUUUGAGGUUUAUUUUGAUGCCGUUGCGUAA